GUCAAUGAAUUUAGAACAUAAAGAUGAUGGGAAUUUAUCCGUUACAUUGAACGAUGUACACAAUGCCUGUGCAGAGUUCAUGAGGAAAACAACAGGAGGGAAUGCACCAAAUGUGGAUGUACUCAGUAAAAGUAUCACACGUCCAUUUGAUGUACAGGGAAAUUUGAUCUCUACUGGAGGAAAGAGAAUAACAUUAUUCAAAAAUCUUGGUCCUCGCGCAUCAAACUCCUCGGUUGUUGGGACAAUAAAUUUACCAUCUGUAUGCCAGAUCCAAUGCACAACACCCAACCUCACAUUCAAGUGUCCUAUUCCUGUUUUAAUCAAUGACACCCAGCAGCAUUGCCUCAUGGCAUUUGAACCCAAUGAUUUCUCAAUUGAAAUAAACAAUAUAAAGCUAUCAUCAGGAUUUCCCAUUCCCUUAGUGCAGUCAAAUGUUGAUGGAGUUAUAUUCUUGGUUGCAAACAUGAAAAUGUGUGGUGGAGUUCCCUCAGAUGAUGGGUAUUUUCCUAAGACUUUCCACCAGGAGAAGAUGUCCAGCACGUACGCAAAUGAUUACAGGGUGGUUAUGAGGUCAAAGUACUGCAAGCAAAUUCUGGACUGGCUGGGGAAAAACCCAUCAUGUACAUCAUGUCAUGAAUCUCAUCACAUAAGGAAGAGGAGGGAGAGAAAGAGAAAAUGCCCAGACAGCAGUGAAGUAGAGAAUAAGGAAAAUAAACAGACCUUUUCUCCUCCAGCACAGCAACAAGCCGAAAACCCACCAAUUUCUAAGGAUGUACUGACAGAAAGAAAGUCCGUGGUGGAUAAUUAUAUCACCCUUGAUAAAGAAGAUCAUGCCGACAUGGAAAACAUUUUGAACUUUGUAAAGAAAACUGAUCUCCCUGAUGAAUUUGUAACCCUACUAAAAGCUCAACUGGAAAACUGUAACAAAGACUUAGAAGUACACCAACGCAGAUGGGACCCAAAAAUCAUUAGUCUGUGUUUAACUCUCUACAUCCGUUCUCCUCAAGCUUAUGACGACUUGAAAAAAUCAAACUUUCUGCUCCUUCCUUCCAAAAGACUUCUCCAAUAUUAUAAAAAUUCUGUCAAGCAGAUUCCAAGGUUUAAUGAGGCCAACUUGACCUGGAUGAAGAAGGAAAUGGACCGGCAAAACAUUCCUGAAUUUGGUCGGCACGGAGGUAUAGUCAUUGAUGAGAUGACUAUACAAGAUGACCUCAUCAUAACAAAGUCCGGCGACACUUGGAAGUUGGUUGGAUUUGUGGACAUGGACGACACCAAUAACAACAUUGACAUGAUCUCCAAUGGAAAGAAGCGAAUGCAAUUGGCAACCCAUGCACUACAGUUUAUCUUCCAUGGAUUUACUGGAUUCAGAUGGCCAGUUGUGUAUUUUGGAGCCAAUCCUGCGACAGCACAUCAACUCUACACAGCAUUUUGGAAAUGUGUAGAUUUGCUGGAUGACAUGAAUGUGACUGUAGACCAUGUCAUGACAGAUGGUGCCUCGACAAAUCGUUCGUUUGCAACGAUGCUUUUUCCUGACCAUCCAAAGAACUCUAAUUGGGUUUUUCAAGAUAUCUUUUUUCGGGAGCAUGGCAUGUGUUUUGUUCAGGACAUCAUGCAUGUGUUGAAAAAAAUUCGCAAUAAUGUGGAAUCCAGUAAAUCACAACACAAGACCAGUGCUGGAAGAUACUUAGUGCAUGGCAGCAAAUGCAUCACUUGGGACCACUGGGAAUCUUGUUACCAGUUUAAUUUCCAAAGCGGUUUCUCAAUUCAUCGCAAACUUACAGAAGAGCAUGUCAAACUAACUCCAGCUACAAAAAUGAGGAAUAGCUUGGCCAUUGAAGUGCUAGACAGGGAAAUGCUAUACUUAAUGAAGGCGUACCAAGCUACCCUGAAGAACCCGGAGAGCCUGGCGUCAAGCAUCGAACUGUUGGAGCAGACCUCAGUGCUUGUGGACAUUUUCUGUACCAGAAAUAGGCCAAUUUCAUCCCAGGAUGACAAGAGGUUUGAAAUGCUUCACAAUGUUGUGAAGUAUUUCAAAUCAUGGGAAGAUGCCAUUGAGGACUCUGUUAUGUUCAUUUCCUCAAAAAACCUGAUGACUCAAGAGACCAGAACAGACUCCGCUCUAAUGGGAUUUAUAUCCUUAUGUAAAAACGUGCUCAAUGGGAAAAAUAGCCUAAAUCCCGGAUAUCUAAACUCAGAUAUUGUGGAGAAUUUAUUUGGACAGCAGCGUGGAGUAAGGAAUGGAUUAAACACCAAUCCUACUUUGGCACAGUAUGGACCAUCAAAUACUGCCAUUAUUCUUGGACAGUGUACUGUGUCAAAUAAAUCGAAUUCCACCAACAAGGCAUCCUUCUUCACAGCAACUACCCCAUGUCCAAUAAAUACCUCCAGAAAUAAAUCUCAAAGAGCUCUGAGGAGAGGGAUUCGAUUGUGAAUCUAUGUAUGUGGUAUGUGAGAUUUGAUUAUAUUUCCAUGACCAUUAACUGA